AUGUCCAACUGCAUGAACACUUUGUCUUUCGUUAAAUCCAAUAAAGGUCAUCGACAACUUGUUCGCAAUGGUUACAUUUACAAGCUCAAUCGACAGACAUCUACAAAGAUGUAUUGGAUUUGCAAACAUCAAGGUUGCACCGCCACUGUUCAUAUUGAUAAAACUGAUAAUUAUCUUCAGUCAAACGGUGAACACAAUCAUUUAAUCGAAUCAGAAGAACUCGAAGUUCAACGGUUUCGAAUAGGUUUGAAGGAUCGUGUUAUCAAUGAAACGGCCCCCAUUCCAAAGAUAUUCGAUGAAGAGAUCGCUAAAGCUCGAUUUUCAUCUAAUGCACUUGCUAAUGUUCCAAUGUUUCGUGAUAUACAACCCGGAUUGAACCAAGCGAGAAGAAAACUAACACCUUCUCUUCCAGGAUCGAUUUCAUUCGAUAUCCCUGAUUCUUAUCGAAGCACAGCUUGCGGAGAAAAAUUUCUAACUUCAUACUUGUGUUACUUUUCUUAUUUAGAACCCGGAUUGAACCAAGCGAGAAGAAAACUAACACCUUCUCUUCCAGGAUCGAUUUCAUUCGAUAUCCCUGAUUCUUAUCGAAGCACAGCUUGCGGAGAAAAAUUUCUAGUUUGCGAUACGUUGGUCGGUCGAAAGAAACGCUUGCUAAUAUUUGCUAGUCCAAAACAACUCGAAUUAUUAUUCAACAGUUCUAUCUUGUUCAUGGAUGGAACUUUUUCGUCAACGCCACCACAUUUUGAUCAAGUGUUUAUAAUGCAUGUGCUGAAGUUUGAAAGCAGUCUGCCUUGCUGCUUUGGUCUUUUACCAGAUCGAAAAAAAUCCACCUAUCAACAACUUUUUCAAGAAUUAAAAGGUGUGGCUGUAUCGAUGAACCGAAUUUGGAAACCCGAAAGAAUUAUCACGGACUUUGAGCCUAGUUUGAUUUCCGCAAUACCAGCUGAAUUUCCCGAUGCGAUACAUCAAGGAUGUUUCUUCCACCACAAUCAAGCACUCUAUCAACGUAUUCAGAGUUUGGGCUUAGCUACAGCUUAUGCGGAAGAUGAUGAAAUUCGAAGUUUCUGUCGUAAACUUAUGGCGCUACCAAUGCUACCACUUGAUGUGGUCGAAACUUCCUUUUACCAGUUGCGAACGGCAUUGAAUAACCGACAAAAGGAAGAACUUCGUCAAUUGUUCCUUUACUAUAAUGAUUAUUGGAUGAAUAAGGUCCCAAUAAACAUGUGGAACGUUCAUGGCUGUCAGCACAGAACAAACAAUGUCUGUUAUCACAAUAGAUUGAACCGUCGUUUAGAACGGGCUCAUGCGAAUAUCUGGACAUUCAUUCGAUGCAUAGCCAGUGAGGAAAGUCGUUUCCAACAUUUCCUCAUUCAACUUGAAACCGGUGCUCAACGACGAGCCAAAACGAAUGCUACUGAUGCUAUUCAAAAACGAGUUGAUGCUCUUAAUGAACGGUAUGAAAAACAAGAAAUUGAUGCGGAAAACUUAUUAUGUGGACUCGCUUUGUUGGUGGACAAAAAAUAG